UGGUGCUGCGGGGCUGAGGAGGAACAAAGAGGCAGAUGCAAAACAUAACAUGAGUAUUCCAAGAAAUGUGAAUGGUGACUUUAUGUGCUAUACAAAAAUCGUACUCGCAAAUAAUGCUGCAUUUAGUAUUGGGGGAGCUAAAAUUAAAUUGUAAUUCUAAGGCUACAAAUACUUGCUUCAUUCUGGUUGCCAGAAUGCUAAAGGCAUCACUAGAACAAGGGCGAUUUGUUUCUUCCUCCUCUGCUUUUGCUUCAGCUCAAAGGAGAAAAUAAUUUUAAAGAUACAGUUGCCUCCUUUUGAGGCACAAAUUCCUAGAGCAGCUCCUCCAGACUUGGAGAGCAUGAUUCAAAACUUUUUGAGGCUGUUGUGUACAGAGAAGGUAUUGGUAUUACAUGAAAAGUACAGGGUAUGAUCUGCGAUGUAAUCCAUCUUUUGUCUACAGACUGAGUUUUCAUGGAAGGUUCAAAGCACAUGUAAAUUGAUGUGCAAACGCCAAACCCUUUGUGUUAUGUCUCAUGGUACGGUAGCAGGUUUGGGAAACCCCUGUUGUGAUUCAUUUAAGAUGAAAUUACAUGAUUCUCCACAAAAUAGAAUUGCUGUUGGGGUAACUGGCUAGAUAUGACCGAGGUGUACAAAUUAUGAGUUUGGAUUGGAUAGUAUUACUGAAGAAGUCUGCAAUUUUUGAUGGAUCUUUCGUGUUCCUGGUUCACAAUGAAUUUCAAAAGCAGUUGGAUUCCUCCCAGAAGGCACCUCAAGUCUCCAAAUCCCGGGGGUCGUCAGGAAGCCUCUGGAGGCUUCUUAGCACAUGUUUGCUAAGAAGGAGCAUGAGCAUGGGGAUCAGUUGGUGGAACCUCUUCAUCUUGGAUCUGUCAAUCCAGACCGGUCUGGACAGCAGUUUGGUUGAUGGACCCAAAACAGGCCACAUGGAAAAAGAGCCAUUUAGUCAUGCCGAAGAAGGAAGGUUAAGAGAUGCCCUCCCAGCUGGCCUGGCCAAUGGCGGAGGGAAAGCAGUGGCUGGAGGAAGGGACGUGCUGAUGGAUCCCGGCAAGUGGCUCGGCAGCCCGCGGGCCGAGCAGGAGGCCACCUGGGAGAGCACACCAGCCAUCCUGGCUCAGGGAGACUCUUCCAGCAAUGCCAAUUGGGAGGAUGCUCAGAACCUGGUGGCUUUCUCAGCAGCAGCAGAGGCCGCCAUGUCUUCUCAUGGGUUGGCACCUCUCCUAUCCCCUUCUGCGUUAAGCAUGCAGCUGUAUGAAAAGUUUAAUGCCGAGAUGAAUAGUGCAACGGAGGAGGGCUUGGCAGUGCCUCCUCCCAACAGCUGUCCUGGAAUUGAGGAUCUGAAUGCCCUCAAAGCUGCGCUUACUUUGGCCAAGCAAGGCAUGAAACCACCCAACUGCAACUGUGAUGGUCCCGAGUGCCCAGACUACUUGGAAUGGCUAGAGAAGAAGAUCCAAUCGGCCACCGGAGAAGAGGAGAGCUGCGUUGCCCAGCCCUUCAGCCAGGUUCACCAGCCCCCCUUGGGCAGGGGUGCUGAUGCCAAGCAGGGGCCGGCUGCAGGCGAGCAAGUGACUCUGUGCCCCCUGGAAGCCCUCCCCCUUUCUCAGAGCGCACUGAACAUUGCAAAAGAGAAGAACAUUAGUCUCCAGACGGCCAUUGCAAUUGAAGCCCUCACGCAGCUCUCCACUGUUCUUCCAGAGCCGGCCACACAGGCUCUGCCCCCUCCUGGGAGCCCCAUGGCCUUUGGCUCCAAAGAGCAGCCUCCCCUCCUCUCAGCGCACAACCCCAGCAUGGUGCUAUCUGUGUCGAGUGCUGGAAUGUGCCAGAGCCACCCCUCCAGAUCUGAUGUGAGCCACCACUUGCUCCCAACUCCAGUGGCAUCUGCAUCCUCCUCCUGGCCACAGGGAGUGAAAUGUGCUCAGGAUAAAGCCCCCUAUUGCCUUGACCACAGCAAUGGCCACCUAGAAUCUGAUGGCCUGUUUCCUACCUGCAACUCUACCCCCUUGAAGGCAGAUUUCACCAAGCAACAGAGGGAAGAGGCUAAGCCCAAAGCCAGAGGGUGGGACCUGCACACCAGCACUUCCCCAUCCUCCCUGGUCAGUGACACCAUGGCGGAGCUGGAGCAGCUGCUGAACAGUUCCAACGGCUGCAUCAGAUCUGUCUUCAAGCAGCCGGGAGGAAUCCCAGGCAAAGCAAGAGUGGCCAAAUCAAAGCAGGAGCCCCUCAUCCACAAGGAUGAAAAUGCCCACCCUGACUGUCACAACUCUCCCUCUUCCAGCCCACAGUUGUCCCAACUCUUGCAGGAGAGCAGUUUCCACAAGAAAGCCCAGAAGGCCCUGCAGCACCACCUUCAUCACAAGCGCAGCCUCUUCCUUGACCAGAAUGGACCUCCUGGAGGGGCGCAGGAGCUGCCACCCCACUGGUGGGCUCCCAGUGCUCAAGCUCAGCCGCCUCCAAAGCAGCUGGAGAAGCCAGCCAAGGAGAGGAAGAAGAAGCCUGAAAAGAGGGGCCCCAUGAAACCGUUCCGCAAGCAAAUCCAAAUCAAGAAGUCCAGGCAGAAGGAUUCUCAGCCCCGCUUCUUGCCCGUGAGGCAGAUCAGCUUGGAGAGGUGUCGUGCAGCUGCUGCUCUCCAGAGCCCGAGCAAAGAGGUUCAACCCGAACAGCUGCUCUCUUCUACUCCUACCAAGUUUUUGUCUCCCACUUUACUGGCCACCAGCCUUGCAGAGAAGUCUCCAUUGCAGAAGCUACUUGAAAAUCGAAGCCCAGCUUCCAACACUCAGGAAACCCACCAUCCUGGCCAGGAGGAGACCCAGCGUUACUUCCCAGAGAAUUCUGUCUGCGAGGUUGUGCCCCUAACCAGCAACCCUGUGCUGGGCUCUGCUCCCUGCUCCUCUGCUGUGGCUUGCAGCAAUGGGCACGAGGAAGCCUUCCACAGGACAACCAACUCAACAGCCCAUCCAUUCUUCACCCAGAAUCCUACUGCCGUGGAUGACAAGCUGGAGGAAUUUAUCAAAGAAUUUGAGACUGAGUUUGGUGAAAAUUUCACCUUUCAGAAUCCAACUCUUCCAGCCCCGCUGCUUCUCAGUGAGGGGCCUCUGCCGACCCAGCCCCCUUCCCCCCUGCUCCCCCUCUCUUCUCUGAGCCAGUCUCCAGAGCCACCAGGCGGUUUGGAUGUUGCUGUCCAGCCUUCAGCCCAGGAGGGUGCAGGACCUUUGGCAGACACUCCCAAUACGGGUCUCAAAGCCCCCCUCCUACCAGGGGCCAGUCAGUCCUUGGGAAACCCCCUGGCCGCUCAGUCCCCGAAACACAUAAAAAUAGAAUCCUCUGGUGCUAUCACAGUGGUCUCCACCACGUGCUUUUACUCUGACGAAAACCAAAACCCAGACCCAGCAGCCCUGGAAGGAACCCCAACCAAGAAUCAGGAGCCGUUUAUGCCAUCUCUCAGUGGGUUUUUGGAAUCUCCCUUGAAAUACUUGGACACCCCGACCAAAAGUUUGCUCGACACCCCUGCCAAGCGAGCUCAAGCCGAGUUCCCAACUUGUGACUGUGUGGAACAAAUAGUUGAAAAAGAUGAGGGCCCAUAUUACACUCAUCUGGGAUCUGGACCAACUGUGGCAUCCAUUAGGGAACUUAUGGAGGAACGGUAUGGUGAGAAGGGGGAAGCCAUCCGAAUUGAAAAGGUGAUCUAUACCGGGAAGGAAGGAAAGAGUUCUCGCGGCUGCCCUAUCGCAAAAUGGGUCAUCAGGAGGCACAACGUGGAGGAGAAACUGCUGUGCCUGGUGAGACAUCGUGCAGGCCAUCACUGCCAGAAUGCUGUCAUUAUCAUCUUGAUCUUGGCUUGGGAGGGAAUCCCUCGGUCCCUGGGGGACACUCUCUACCAGGAGCUCACUGACACACUCACAAAAUUUGGAAACCCUACCACUCGGCGAUGUGGGCUGAAUGAUGACCGAACCUGUGCAUGUCAAGGCAAGGAUCCCAACACCUGUGGUGCUUCCUUCUCCUUUGGCUGCUCUUGGAGCAUGUAUUUCAACGGGUGCAAAUAUGCACGGAGCAAAACACCCAGGAAAUUCAGAUUACAGGGAGACAAUCCCAAGGAGGAAGAAGUUCUCAGAAGAAGCUUCCAGGAUUUAGCUACAGAGGUUGCACCACUUUAUAAGAGACUAGCACCCCAGGCUCAUCAAAACCAGGUUGCAAAUGAGGAUGUAGCAAUAGAUUGCCGGCUUGGGCUGGAAGAGGGGCGGCCUUUUUCUGGAGUGACAGCAUGCAUGGAUUUCUGUGCUCACGCACACAAGGACCAGCACAACCUUUACAACGGGUGCACGGUGGUGUGCACCUUGACAAAAGAAGACAAUCGCACCCCUGGGAAAAUUCCUGAGGAUGAGCAACUGCAUGUUCUUCCCUUGUACAAAAUGUCCACCACAGAUGAGUUUGGCAGUGAGGAGAAUCAAGCUGCAAAAAUGGGCAGUGGGGCCAUCCAGGUCCUCACUGCCUUCCCCAGAGAGGUGAGAAAGCUUCCUGAACCAGCAAAGUCUUGCAGGCAGAGGCAGCUGGAAGCACGGAAAGCAGCUGCUGAAAAAAAGAAAAUGCAGAAAGAGAAACUGAUUUCACCUGAAAAAAUCAAGCAGGACAUCCUUGAGCUCCCAACAUUCCAACAGAAUACAGAUACAGCUUUGAAAAGUGGAUUACCCCAGCCAUCCAUCAAAUCUUCCAUCAAGGUGGAACCUCAGAGUCACUAUAACACAUUGAAGUACAAUGGGAAUGCAGUGGUGGAGAGCUACUCGGUGCUUGGCAAUUGCAGACCCUCUGACCCAUACAGCAUGAACAGUGUUUACUCUUAUCAUUCAUACUAUGCACAACCUAAUCUGCCUUCCAUGAAUGGGCUGCAUUCAAAGUUCUCCCUUCCAUCUUUCGGGUAUUACGGAUUUUCCAGCAACCAUAUGUUCCACUCCCAAUUUUUGAAUUACAGUGAGAACAAGAAUGCACCCUGGAUAAGCAGCCCCUAUGAGAAGAAGCCUGAUGUCCAAAACUUACAAAAUAAUUUGAGCCAUGCUUACAGAAGUACUGAACUAUUGGAUGACGUGUCACCCCCUGUACGGAGCAAAAAUCACCAUCAGCGCACCUAUGAGAAAGCCAGCAGACAUGCAGGCAAGGCCCCAGCUGUUCCCCAGAGAUGUCACUCAGUUCCUGCAGAAGCCUUGUCAUUUGCACAAAAUACAAACUGUUUUAGCAACCGAACAAUCAAACAAGAACCAAUUGAUUCCUUGACACACACAGAGUCCCUUUCUCGAUCACCUGCUCUCAAUGGCCUAAAUCCAAAUCUGAGCCCAUCUGAUUUAUCCAGGUUAUCUCAGAAUGGUGGUCCAGAGCAACAAUGGAGCCCUUAUAAAGUCAACCGAAAUCAGUCCCAACCUGAGAGAAAUAGUAAUGCUGAAAGCUUGUGGAACAUGUUUACGCCAAAUGACAGUGUCAGCAUGCUUAAUGCAAGAACCCAGAAUAAAUCAAAUUUGUUUGGUUCCCAUUCAAAUGUUAGCAGGUUAUCACAAUCCCACCUUAUGGAGAAGCAGUGGAAUUUGUUUCCAGGGGAGGGGCAGAAUCUGUCACCGAGCCCUGAUAUACUAGGGAAAUCAUGGAGCCCUUGCAAAGUUGAUGAAAGCCCAUCACUGUUUUCUGCCAAUUCAGACCUUCAGGAGAAAGCCUGGGGUCUUGGGCAAUUGAACUUCAGUUCCAUCAAGGGAAGCUCCAGGCUUCAAGAUGAGUUUUGGCAUGCUAGUAAAGUAGAUGAAAGGAGAACUCCGACACCAAACACAGGUCUACAGAGCAGAUCAUGGACUUCCUUUGCCUCAUUGCCCUCUACAACCUCAAGUGUUUGUGGGGAGAAGCCCCCGUGUGCUUCCUUGAAAGAAGAAGGAAGUACAUCAUUGCUGGGGGCUGAAAGACCCUGGGAUUCCUUUAGUUUGGAUGACAGCAUGGAAGAAACACCUGAGAAGAACAUCAAGGAGGAAGAGGAUGAUGAAGAAGAGGAAGAGGUCUGGUCAGACAGUGAACACAACUUUUUGGAUGAAAACAUUGGUGGGGUGGCAGUAGCUCCAGCCCACGGCUCCAUCCUCAUUGAGUGUGCAAGGCGAGAGCUGCAUGCCACCACCCCACUGAAGAAACCGAACCGAUGUCACCCCACACGCAUCUCUCUGGUAUUCUACCAGCACAAGAACUUGAACCAGCCCAAUCACGGACUUGCCCUUUGGGAAGCAAAAAUGAAACAGCUGGCAGAAAGGGCGAGGGCAAGGCAGGAGGAGGCAGCCAGGCUCGGCCUUCAGCAGGACAUCAAAAACCUUGGCAAGAAGAGGAAGUGGGGAGGCAACUUGGCCAUUGAGCCCCAACAUAAGGAGAAGAAAGACUUAGUCCCAAAGAGGCAGGCCUUGGCCAUUCCCACCAACUCGGCGGUCACUGUAUCCUCUUACGCUUAUACCAAGGUAACAGGACCGUACAACCGCUGGAUAUGAGAAGAUGACAGCUCUCCAGGGGCCACGUUACCUCAAUGCUGGCAGCACUGGAAUGCAGUGCUGGUCUGUGGUGCUUUUUCCUUUGGAGAGAAACAGAACAUCAAGCCAAGUGUAAAGUUUCUGUACUUUCACUUGGGAGUUGAGCUAAAGAAACUUAUUGCUGUCAACCUUUUUCAGUAAUCUAGUAUUUAUAUCUUUGCAUUUUAAAUCUGUACAUCACAGUAACGGCAAAAGAAAUUUAUAGUGUCCUUUUACAAAGGAUGGCUUUUUAAUUCCAUGUCCAAUACUUACGUAUAUUGGAUUUUUAACUGCAAUUAUUACAACUCUGAAGCAGAUUAUGUGAUUAACAAAAAAGACAACACCCCACAAUAAGUCAGGUACAAAUUUGCACCUGUUGGGGCUGAUAAAUAUCUUCCCUUGGAGACCACCCAGAAACAUGAAUUUCCAGUUCAAUCAAAGGACUGUUUGAAUAGGGUUCAGUGGUUGAUGCACGGUGGGGUUUCUUACUGAUUCAGUAGGUCCCAGUGGCUGGGAAGAUAUGGAAAGGAGGCACGUGCCGUUCCAGAUAAGCAACCAUUUCCUGCUCAGUUGUCUGAACAGUGUUUAAAACUGUUCAACUGACGUUGCCUUCUCUGCUUCAGAUCUCGGUUAGAUGAGCUGGACCCUCAUUAGUUUUCUACUAGACCCUGAACAGUAGCAUAAAUGGUGAACUUGAGCAGAAAAAAAGAAGGAAAACAGAGGACUAUGAGAUCUACCAGCAGAUACAUUUUGCUUUUGUAAAUUUCAAGGCAUGUUUUAUCUCUAUUAUCAGGUAAAAAAGAAAAAGAUCGUGAUUUACACCGCAAGCAGUAGUUUUACUGCUCCAUUUUAAAUCAUUUAUUCAGUGAGUCCAGUUUAAUUUGGAGGGAAAAAAUGUUUUUAAAAUGAAGUUCUGACAGAGAAGGGAAAAAAGGAAAUGGAAGUGGUAGGCAAGAAAGAUCAAGGGAAAACAAACUUAGGUAAAAUAACCUUUGGCAUCUUGAUUUCUUGCUCUUUAUUCUAUGAGAUGAAUGAAACUACAUAGUAAGGACAUAAGAUUUCUUUUUUCCUUUUGUUAGCAGUGCUAUUUAACUUAACUUUUAAGUUUGCAGUACUGUACAAUAUAACCAUGCUAAUUUCCUUGGGUGGGAAACUAGUUAUGCUUAUAAUAAUAGUGACAAGCAAUGCUAAUAAUAAAAUGGCAGCUUAAACUACUGUAUCUUUAAGAAACCACUCCACAAUACCUUCUAUGAGCAAAUAGACAACCUCUUUUUUUAUCAUCUCUGAUGCAGUUGGAUUAAAAGGGUGAGUUCUUAUUGUAUUUUCCAGUGGUGCAGGCUUACCAAAUUAAAAUAGUUCCCCUUGCAAAUAGUUAUCCUAAAAAUAUGAACAAACUUAUUGCAAGAUUUAUUUUACUUUGCCACCUUUGAGAGGAAAGGAGAAGUAAAUGUAUGUGGUAACUAAUACAGUACAGCAUAGCUGGUGCUUUGAAAACGUUGAAUCCAGUGUUUAAAACUGAUCUAUCCUCCUUAGUCUUCUCUUAAUAAGAUACCUGAUCCAUAUAGAUGGCUACAGAUCUCUGGAGCUAGACAUUCCCUGACUAAAGUGAUGGUGGAAGAGCCUCCUUCCUCAAUUAGAAUGGAAUUCAGUUCAGUCUGGUUUCAUCAUUUUGCUUAAAUGACAUACAAAUAGCUUUGGGCAUUUCAUUUGUUUUGUAUCAUAAUGAUAGAAGUAUAAAUGUUUUAAAUUGCCUGUCAUAAUUAGGUGGAUCUUUGUACGGUUUUUCUUCAAAUCAUUUGAAUUUCACCCUUUACUAGAAAAGUUCUGAGCUAAAGCAUGCAGAGCUAUUUUGGUUUUUCAAUGCUCCCACCAUAUCUGUGUGGGAAAUAUCCAUUGAACUCCAUGGAAAUUGGAGAUGGGAGCUCUCAGUCUUGGAGGUGGCAUCUUCAGAACAUUUCCACACCUUCAGAUUGGGUGGUGGCAAUCGAUAACUUUAAGAAUCUUGCCACCUUUUACUACGGGUCUUUCUGUAGAAAAAUGGAGAUCUCACUCCUUCACCAGAGUAGAUCCCCACUGGCUUUAAUAAGCCAACACGAGUGGUUUCUCAGUGGUGUAUAAGGCAGAAGAAUCAAACCUAUUAAAGAUCACCUUCUGAACUUAACCGGUGCCUUUUGAGAAAAGAUGGCUUGCAGAUCCAACUCUGUACAUAGCAUUUGUUUACUAGAAAACUUUCUCAGUCCUCGCGCCUGACAUCAGGAGCAUGGGAUCACUGUAGAGCAUCCUGCGUGUUUUAUGUGGUUCUGAUUUUAAACUGUAAAUAGCAAAAAAAAAAAAAAAUUUUUUUUUAAAAAAAGCACUUUCACCAAGAUUUAAAAGAAAGAGAUACCCAAUAACUUGAAGAACAGUAUGUUUUAAAACAGAUUAUUGCGGGAGAAAUGUAAAUAGAAACAAAAUAUUUAACAAGCUUUUCCGUCCUUAAUUUCUUUUGUUUACUGUAUUCUGUAAAAUUGCUUAUAUUUUGCAAGGAGAAUCAAUGGAUUAUAAUUGAUUUUGUAUGCAUACCUAUGAGCAUAUCAUAGCUGUUAGGAAUUAUUCCAAGGCAGAUUUAUAGGAAACGUUCUGAGUGUCAUAGGAUUACAUGGACACCAGCCACUAAUUUUCCAUUGGUGUCAAUCAGCCAGGUUUCAAGGCAUCUGCACUAGAGGCUCAGUUAAACCCAAAAUAAAAAUGUUGGUUAAUCAUCCUUUCUGAAUUGUAUCACUUUGGAGUGCAGGUGCAGGAACUGCAAUUUAAGAGCCGCUUUGUUUUAAAUUAAGAUGAUUGGCAGAAGGGGAAGUAAAGAGAAGAGGUUGCUUUCAAGCAGAGGAAAUGGACUGGCCCUUGCAGCCCGUAAUGGUUCCAUCUAGGAGGCCCAUCUGAACAACCAGUCACGAGACACAAUUUCUCUGCCUUGUUAGGCCAACUUCAUGCCUGUCUGUUGUUGGUAGUUGUGAGGUGGAUCUGUUAACUAGAAAAGAAUCUCUUCUACCCCAAUAUUUUGUAUGGGUUGUUUAAGCUUCUGUAAAUUCCUUGGUUUAGUGUCUCAUUUGGUAAAUGUUGCUGGGGUGACCUGAAAGCUUCACUUAGAUUAUUUUAGAGAAUAAGAAUUUGUAAAAAAAAAUAUGGAAAAGAAGGGGCUCCAAUACAUCUGACUUGCUGAAAUCAUGUUAGUUAUACCAACUUCUGUCUUUGGAAGUGUUCAGCCUUGAGGUUAUGAUUUUCUGAGCUGGAAAUGUCAUCCAUUGGAUCUUCCUCCAAAGGAAGGUUCCUUGUUCUGGGUCUUCAAAAACCAGGAACUAACUGGGGGUCAAGAGAUGUUGAGUUAGUAGUUCCCUAUUUGGUCCAGAUCAGUUUGUACAGAGAAAAGGAGAAAUGCUAAUGCAAAGAUCGGCUCCUCAGUUUGUUUUAUUUUCACGAAUAAUCAAAAGGACCAAAUUAUGUUCUUCUUCAAACUGGUGCAAGUCCAAAACAAGUUAAACUGGAAUCACUAGUUUUUACUGAAAUAGCAUAUCUUUUAAAGGCCUGAAUGACUGUGGUAGAAAUAUAAAGAAAUCUGGUCAUAAGUCAGUAUUGAAUCUAUAGAAUGUGAAUGCCAUCAAAAUCUGGCAUAUUCAUUAUUUACUGCAGUUCAAAAAUCACAAAGUAACAUGUACAAUACAAAUAACAAAUAACAACAAAAUACAGAAAACGGAGUUACCAUGGAUUUCAUGGUUGAUUAUACUUUUUCAUAUGCCUGAUUUAACAUAAAGAUGUUUUAAGUAAAAACAAGACUGAUCCCAGAUAAAUUUAUGUUUUUAAUACAAAAGGUUAGCUGCAGUCUGAGGUUGUUUUCAUGCUAUAUAUAAAGUCUACCUCAUAUCUCAGUUGGAAAAAAAGUUUGCUUCAUGUGAAAGAUCUAUGCACAGGAUUCUCUGCUGUAGCUUUGUGGAUAGAAGUUACAAAUUCUUUUCACUGGCUCUGUCAUUUUCUCCUGGUUUGUACAAUUCAGAAAAUUGCAUGACACAGUUUAUUUGUAUUUAGGAAGGGUAGAGGUAAAUGGCAUCUUAAGGCUCAAAGAUGUCCCAAUAGGGUGCUGCUGUGUGCUUCAACACACACACACAUACACAUACACACACACACACCAGUCUUGAGAUCUUAAAAUAGUUUCUAGGGAUGUCUAACUCAACUCACAAUGAGAUCUGUAGGACUAACGAUGCUAUUAAUUUCUUAAAGUAAGCUUGGUGAACAUCUGCCGGUUGGCACUUGUGACUGAAUAUCCUAAGCUGCAGGAAGUCAAGGUGCUAGGCACCACCUGGUCAUUGCAUUGUCUUCUCUAAAAACAUGAACAAAUGCUCCAAGCAUUGUCUUUUGAACUGAUGUGUCAAACGUAGAUAAACAUUCAUAAAUCAAGAGCAAAAUAAAUAUAAAAUUGAAAUGUAUUUGAGGAGGUGUAAUGAUGGAAAGAGGUUAUUAAGUGCCAUCAAGCUUAACCCUGGUGCUAUAGACAAAAACAAUCCAUAAUCCCUGGAAAAAUUCUUGAAAUGUUGAAUUGUGUUGCACUUGAAGACUUGGCUAGUUCUCAUUGACUUCUCUGGGAGGAGUUUGAGGUUGUUUGGCUAUAGGACAUAGUCUCUGCUUUGGGCACUUGCAUCUCUUUUGUCAAAUUGGGAGUUGUUCACGUCAGUCAUUGUUUAUGCACAAAACGUAGAAGGAUCAAGUGGCAGAUGAGCACUUGACAUUCCUUUACCAGUUUUCCGCUGGACAAAAAGUGGCUCUCUGCAAAACUUGUUACAAACUUUUAAUGGGUGUGUGUCUCCUUGUUGCUGCUCUGUGACAAGUAGGCAGCUAAGAAGCAUCAAAAGAAGACAUCGCAGCAUAUGUCUUUCUUGCUCAACAUGCCCCCCUUCCCCAUAUGCAGGGAUUCCAUUGCUCCCCCCCUCCCUGUCUGAGUGGGGAAGGCUAGAAGGCUCAGGCUUGCCUGGGCUGAGUUCCCACUCAACUAAAGGCAAAAGAGGAAGGAACAAAAAUAUUCUGAGAUAAUACAGCUAAUGGUGCAUAAUGCCAGAAUGUGCUUUGUAGCUCAUUCAAAGGCAUAUUUUUAAUCAGCUAAAAUCUUGUAAUGAAAAGGUGCUACCUUGAUGAGUUCUUUAAAAACAAGUUGCUUUUUAAGGUGAGGGAACAGAUUCCAUCUUGCUUAGGUGCUAUUAUCUAACCAGAGAAGUUACAAUUAACUAAAAACAGAAAGGUUGAGUAUUUUAAAUAUUUGUAGUUUCUAAAACCUCUCUUCUGGAUCUAAAAUACACAACUGCAUAAUCUGAUUUCAUUUACAUGUAUGUAGAUCCAGGACAGAUUUCUCUGGUUUGACAGCUCUGCACUCCUAGGGCUGGUUCUGAGAAUGUGUAUUUUUUACAAAAUUAACAUCGCUGGAAAGGGCUUUUGGGAUCAAGCCACAAAUUGUUUGAUACAAAUGGGUAAAUGAAAACCCAUUUCUUUAAAAUAAAGAAAAAAAGGUACUGCAAACUGUACUCACAGUUAACACUUGUGCCAAUUUAGCAAGUGUGCAUGGUGCAACAAUCCAUAUUACUGUAUAUUGGUAACUAUUAUGCAAAACUAUGGGUGCUUAAUUGAAGUUUUGAGGUCACUCCAAGAGAACAGCUAUUUGUAAAAGCAGUGCAGUUGUCAUCUUACUUGGCUUGCUUUUGCUUGCUUUCACUGUUAACAGCAAACACUUUAGGGCUGUCACCCCAGUGCUGCUUGCCUUACCCAAGGAAAAGUCCUUGUGGGACCAUAUUUACACCUCUGUGAACAUAUUUAUGGAGGUCAAUAUCAGUCAAGGGUCCAGCCUGUUAGCAGGCUAGGUUUGGGCAGGUGGUGUGAAUGUGGGUCUGAUCAUACAAGGUUGGCCAAUCUUUAGUCUAAUAAGUCAGCUUCAACCUGCUAUUAUGGCUUUGUGUAUUUACUAUUUGUAAGUAGAUGUGUCUAAAACUUUUACAAAAUACUAUUUUGGUGCUAUUUAUUUUUCAUUUCUUCAGUCUCUUUUUCACUUUGGUUCAUAGAAUUUGCUUAAAGUGUAGAGAACCAGGAUUUUCUCAUAUAAGCUUGCUGUUAUCACAAUACAUUCAAAAUACCUCAGAAAACAGAGUAUUGUGGCAACCUGUGAUUCAGUUAUAAAUAAUGGCAUGGCUGCAAAUAUUAGAAAUAAGGUUACGUAUUUUAUUAAUUCAACACUGUACUUGACAUCUUAGUAACUGUACUUUUGCAUUCUAUUCUUGGGCAAUUUCUCACUUUCAAUAUUAAUGAACUAUCUUGAGGAAUGAAUAUCCUAGAAGCAUUUAAGAGCUGGUGCAUUCUUGACAAUAUGCAGGGCCUUCCUGAAGUACCUCAUAGCAGAAUGUGACCAACACGAGAAAAUAGUUUUAGAAGUAACAUCUUAAAAAAAUAUGAUCAGUAAUAAAAUAGUUGUUUUAAUUAAAAAUAAAAAUUUGGCAUAAAGUUCUAUCUUUUUCUGCAAAAACAUUUUUCUUAUAAAAGUUUGUGGGGCAGGGUCAACAGGAUCCUGGUUUUAUUAUCAUGCACAAACAAAAAGACAUGACAUUUCAAAGCUACCAUCUGGUGAUUCCUGCGUGGCUGAUUAGUAAAAUCAAAGCAAGAUCAGGGCAGGAUGAUCAUGACAAAAUUUAACCUGAUGUGCAAAUGUUCGUUAGCAAAUAUAUCCAAUUGGAUUACAGCUUCAGUAAAAGAUACCUUUAAAUGAUACCAUUUUACACUUUUAAUAUCUGGAACAUUGUUUUCAAAAUGGCAAAAUGUAGCUGUUACAUUGAACAGCAAACUAAUCUUAUUGCUGUCCCUUUUAAAAGCAAUAAAUGCAUUGAGAGUUUUUGCAUGCAGAAAGAUUAUUAUUACAUCGUCAAAAGAGUUUUUUUUUUUAAAAAAAAAAUAUUUAUUCUUUGUCUUCUUGCCCAAGCAUAGUAAAGCAAACUGGCUAUGUUUUCUUCUGCUCCAGUAUCAGGGAUUUAUUGUUAUUUUACAAACAAUUUUUGGUUGCUUUUUCUCAUUUUAGCUCCCGCUUUUGGAGAUUUACUCCCUGCUAUUCAGUUUCUGGAAAUAUCUAUUUAGCUGGCUUUUGGCAUUUAUUUUUCAUUCAUAUCUGUCUUUUAAACACAUUUUAUAUCAGUCUUUUAAAUGUUUUUUUUUAACUUAAAACAAUGAGGAAAAGACCAGUUUAGAUUUGGCAGACUAAUUCAGUUUUGUUAACCGAAGGCUGUGACUACUCACGGUGUUUGAUUUCUUUCUUGUCUCCUUGAAUUCAUAUUGGGUGAACGAGACCUCCAGCGGAGGCCAACUGCGACCACACUUGAAGAUUUCUUUGUUGAUUUGACUGUGGCUACUUGAAAUGAAGUUUUAUCUGGGGUUGGUUGACAGACGGUAGAUUUACAAUGUCUCAAGGCAAUAGGACUUGUGUAUUAAACUGUAGAUAACCUUAGUACAGUAAGUCUAUGCUGAUAAUUUUAUUUUGUAUAAUUUCCUUGUAUUUUUUUCUUUCAUACUUUUCUCCCCAUCAAUGUCUUGGCAAAUUUAUUUCUAGGAUGCAAAAAAUGGCAAGUAUGAAACUUUCUUUUUUUUAAUUUGUAUUUUAUUAUGUUACACAGCCAACUGGUUUGUGAAAUGUAUUAUUCUGGAUAUCUUUAAACUAUUGUGGGUGUUUUAAUAAAUUUUAUAUUUAUUUUUUGCA